GAAACCCAACGUUUUAAACAUUCCUCCUGCAAGCAAAAAAAAAACCUCGUCUUCCCUCUCACGUACCGCGUCCAGUCCGAGUUGGAGUCGACGACUCACUCAAUCACCUGGUGGAGUUGACCGUGAAUCCUCGUUAAUCACCAUUUCUCUCUCUAAUUGAUGACGACUUCAAUGGCGGCGUCAAGUUCCUCUUCCAAUCCAAUCCUACCAGUCUUCGUAUCUUCAAUCAGCGAAGAGAGGCAAAGAGAGAAAGAGAGAUUAGUUAAAGGAGAUGAUAAGGUCUUCAGAGGAUCUUCAAUGACUAAGAGAGGAGCUAAUGCCGCUCUCUCUUACAUGUCUUGUGCUGUGCUUUUGAUAUUGUUCAAUAAAGCAGCUCUUUCUUCUUAUAGCUUCCCUAGUGCAAAUGUCAUAACUUUAUUUCAGAUGAUGUGCUCGUGCUCUUUUUUGUAUGUAUUGAGACGCUGGAGGAUUAUCUCUUUCACUGAUGGUGGAUCCCUAAUUACUUCUGAUGUCAAAGCUACUUUUGUACCACUGGAGACAUUGAUUCACACCCUACCUCUUGCAUUUACUUAUUUGCUUUACAUGCUAGUUACAAUGGAGUCUGUCCGUGGGGUAAAUGUUCCCAUGUAUACCACCCUAAGACGGACAACAGUGGUAUUUACAAUGAUCAUGGAGUACAUUCUGGCAGGGCAGAGAUAUGCACCGCCAAUUUUUGGAAGUGUUGGCUUGAUAGUUCUUGGUGCAUUUAUUGCUGGAGCACGGGACUUGUCAUUUGACUUCUAUGGCUAUGCUGUUGUCUUCGCAGCCAAUUUUACAACGGCUAUAUAUCUGGCAACCAUAAGCCGUAUUGGGAAAUCCAGUGGCCUUAAUAGCUUUGGCCUUAUGUGGUGCAAUGGAAUUAUAUGCGGACCAGUUUUGUUGUUUUGGACCUUUAUUCGUGGUGAUUUGCAGAUGACCAUGAAUUUCCCUUAUUUGUUUUCCCCAGGUUUCUUGGCUGUAUUGCUUUUUUCAUGUAUCCUGGCUUUCUUCUUGAAUUACAGCAUCUUCCUGAAUACAACUCUCAAUUCAGCACUGACACAGACCAUUUGUGGUAACUUGAAGGAUCUAUUUACCAUUGCACUUGGCUGGGCUAUUUUUGGUGGGCUUCCUUUUGAUAUUUUCAAUGUCAUUGGGCAAUCCCUUGGUUUUGUUGGCUCCGGUUUGUAUGCGUACUAUAAGCUCAUAGGGAGGUAACAAUAGAGACUUACUUCCCAGGAUGUUCAAGCCUUUUGCAGGUUCUUGGAAGAGAUUUAACAAUGUCGAGGAGGUUUUUGUUUGGUGGAAGGUCACGGGCUCACAAUAUAUGCAUAUUCCGGGAACCACCAGCUCCCAACUUGAUUACACUUAAUGGCAUUGCAGUAGUUUUGGCAGUUAUGGGUUAAGAAAAUUACUUUUAUUUAUGAUUUAAAAAAAUAUAUUUAGUUAAAACUGUUAUGAGAUGGAUUUUUACAUAGAAAAUAAAUGAAAACCAAGUUUUAGCUAUAUGUGCGGUUCGGUGCGAAAAGCUGAAGCUAUAACCAAACGGUUUUUUCCUCUGUGAUAGAGGCAAAAAACAGAAGCUACCAUGGUUUUUUUGUAUUCAUCUUAGGGAAACUGACUACAAUUUUCAGAGUUCUAUCUUUUCUUUUUUCGGUAACGUUGCAAGCAAUUUGUUGUGUUACAUUAGAAUAUGAAUAAAAUACUGUCCUAACUAGCCAUUUUUCCUUGUGAAAGACAUGCAUGUUCCAGUGGGCUUCAACCUGUAGAAAAUGCAGUGUAUAUGAUUGCAAUAUGUGGUGGUGCUUGACUUCAGAGAAUGCCUUGUGUCAGUGAAUUCCAUUAUGUCCAUUGGCUAUUUUGCAGUUCACUGGAGCAGCGUUGAAGCAAAAACUAGGUAGCACUUUCGAAGGGACGGCGUGGGAUAAGACCAGACUUGUAAACUUCUGCUCUGAUUAAUUUCUCGUGGGAGAAAACUAGUUAUGCAAGCACAGCUAAUUAUAUGUGCCUGGACUGCUCUAAUAAUCUCAUCUAAAAACAAACUAAAAUAAAAAUAAAUUUAUUAAAAAAAACUAAAAAAAACACUAAGGAUAUUAGGUUAAUUCACCAUCAAAAUUAAAUUAUAAAAAUAAAAAAAAUAUUUGGAGAUAACUCAGGAUAAUUUUAAACACACACACACAUAUAUAUAUAUAUAUAAACUUGAUUAAUAAACUUGUUAAACUUUAUUUAUUUUUAAAUAAAAAACAAUGUUGUAAUGCAAUGCCUCUCCCCUCCAUUACUUCCUCUUGCCCAUUACAAACCUCAUCAAUUUGAGUGGCAAGGAAAGAGAUAACCCCUCUUCCCAAAACCCCCUUCUCCAUUUCCACACAAAAUCUACCAAUUCCACCAUCAACAGUCAUCACCUCUCACACUCCUAAGGACACUACGACUCCAAAUUUUGGUCUUCAGUCAUCAGCCAUGGCCAACAUGAUCAUGGGCACCUCCAAACCUCUCAUCACCCUCUCAUCCUCUUCCCUCCCCACCAACUCCAAGCCCAAACUCCAAA